AUGCCAAAGCAAAGAUAUAAUUAUAAGGGCCGAAGUCCAAAUGUUUUGGCCUUCGAGCAAAGUGGGGGACAAGAUGAAGACUUGUCUGGUUGUCUCUCCAGUGAUCUGGUCGCCGGGCAAUCCCUGGCAGCCAAAAAUAGAGGCAAAGCGUUAGAUGAGCGCACGUUGCGCCUCUAUGAAACGAGGCUGAUACAUCUUGAGGAAUUUGCCACAAACCAGGGAGAUGAAGCGCUUCUAUUUGGAGAAAGAAAACGUCCCUUCCUAGCUGUUACCAUCAUGACAUUCCUACAAAAAAAGUGCGAACGAAAAGGGAAAAAAAUCGGAUCCCUUCGUUGUGAGGGGUUAAAACCCCCAGUAAUAAAUGGUUAUAAAGCCGCUUUCCGGUACUGGUUUAAUGCAUUUGGACAUACUGGGCCCUACGAAGAAGUAGUGGAGAAAGAUGAAGAGGGCAAGGUGAUUGGAGUAACACCAAGUGGCAAUCCGAUGUUUUCUCCUGGUGUGAAGCAAACAAUCAAGCAACUCAUCAAAAGAGCUAAGCGACCUUCAAAGAAAGAAACGCGUAGAGGUCGUCAGGCAUAUGAACCGAAGAAAGCCCCUCCAUUUAUGCUUGACGACCUCUACAGAAUGAGGAACUACUGCUUAAUGACAAUAGAGGGUUUAUGUGGAUUGUGGCUUUGGACGGUUACCUUGUUCUCAUUUUCUUUAUUUCUACGUGGUGAGGAGCCACUAAGACUGAAAGUCAAGCAUCUCUCUUUUCCUGAUGGUUUCGAUCCAAAAUCGGACAACAUUCCUCAUCGAAUCGAGGUUAGAAUUCCUUUCUCAAAAGCGGAUAGACAAGCCAAAGGUGUUACACUGACUCUUUGGUCAAACCCCUUGGAUUCAAACCUCUGUCCUGUUACAGCCCUACUGAGUUGGUUUAUGAUAACAGGCAUCACUAAAGGACUGAUUUUCCCCCGUAUUGCAAGAAAUAAUCUAGAAGUCAGUUCUUCAAGAAGCUAUCAUGGUGUAUCUUCAUAUAGAAAGACAUUUGGCCAGAUGUGCCAACACCUUUUUGGGAAGCCAUAUACUACCCAUUYAAUAAGAAGAUCGGCAGCUCAGUGGGCUGCUCGCUGUGGUGCCGAUGACAGCACAAUAAAGAGGGCAGGGCGAUGGAAAUCCAAUAGCUUUGAGCUGUAUACGCAGGAUGCCCGCGCAGAAAUCAUCAAACUGCAGCAUGACAACCGGCCAUCUAGUGACCACAAAAAGUGGAUGUUCAAGCCAUUGCGCUGA